AUGUCAAGUUUUAAAGCAAUAGUAGAUACAUUAAUAAAUGAGAUUGAAAAUGAAUCUGAUAAAGAUGUAAAUGAAGCAAUAGGAAUUUUAACCAAUAUGAGGAAAGGACAAUUUUAUGUAUAUUUGUUUCUUUUACAUAAAUUUUUAACAAUAAUUAAUAUUUUAACAUGCAAAUUGCAAGAAAAAUCUUCAACUCUUGGAAAUUCAGCAGUUAUUAUUAAAUCUAUAAUCAAAUCCUUAGAGGAUUAUAAAACCAUUGAAUGUUUUGCUGAAAUUUGGUCGGAUAUAAAUAAAUUUGCAACAGCCAAUAAUAUAUCUAUUGAAAAUCCAUUCCAAGGAAAUAAAAGAAAAAGGAAAGAACCAAAUGAUCUUAAAAAUUUCAUUGUCACUGCUAGCACUAGUGCACAGUACACAGAAUCUACACAAAGUAACGUACAGACAACUGAAGAUUUCUACAGAAUAAAUGCGUACUAUGUGAUUAUUGACACACUAGUUACAAAGUUGAAAGAAAGAUUUUCGAAUGAUAGUUUACAAAUGGGCAUAUCUGUUGAUAAUUUUUUUCAACUAAAAUUUGAAGAAAGUCAAUUUUUUAUUGAUCAUUAUCAAGUAAAUCUUCAGUUUUUAGUUUUAUGA